CAUUUCUCACUUGUUCAAUGUUGUUGUUGUUAUUCAUUGUUAUUUAGAUAGUAAAUAGUUUAAACGUGGAAGAAUAACAGCUUUUAUUAGAAUAUUGAUAGAUGUGAUACAAAUUAUUAUUUACUAAUUAUUACUUUAUAAAGUAAUCUGAGAUAGACUGGUUUUAUCACACCCAAAUCAUAGUGCACAUUAAAUUACAAAUAAGUACAUAUUAUACUAAAUUAUCUUUAGAUAUGAAGCUAUUAAUUAUGAGAUAAGCUUAUAUUUUAAUUGGGAAUAACAACGUAUUUCACAUUGAUAAAAUACAUAAAUAUGGCUGAGUUUGUAACAAGAAAAAUAUGUGAAACUAUAUCAACUCAAUAUCGUAGAAUAAUUGAACCUUUGGAUAAACACAUAACAUUGAAUUUACGAGACGGUGGUAUUGAAACAAGACCAGCGAAGAGUAACGGAUUGUGGUGUCAGUUUAUAUUACCGUCAGUGUUGAUCUUGUAUUGUAUACUGGAAGAUGUGCCGAUUGUAUAUAAAAUAAGCACAUGUUUAUCAUUGGGGUUGGUUGCGUACUGCUGUCUAUUUGUUCUGUUUCUAUCUCUAUCGAGUCUUGUUGUAAGGGAACCUGUGUAUGGAGGCUGUGUUGCAGCGAGUUUUAUUUCUACACUAUUUAUGUAUGGUGCAUUGAAACAAGAUUUACUCCUAUCAUUAUCAGCAUCAGCAACAACAGUGUUAUCAUUUGUGUGGCUGCUUCGGCACUCGCUCAUAAACCUCCCUAAAACGUUCACAAUAGGAGAGGCUGUGAUUGUCGUUCAGAGUGUGGUACUGUUUGUAGUAAUAUCUAUACUACAUAUAAUAUUGGGCCUUUCUAGAGAAGAUGAGGAAAUGUAUUUUAUUCAUGUUUCUGUUUUGGUGGUGUUACUAGGAGUAGUUUUAAUGAUAACAGGAUUAUAUUUACUAAGAAAAGAACUAAGAACUAUUAAGUCAUUACUAAUUAUAAUUGCAUUAGGUGCUAUGUUUGUGCUAGUCUUACUACAUAUAUUGAUUGGAUCUGAUUUUAUGAAGCAAGCAAUAAAAUUAGUUUUUUUCACUGGAAAGAGGAAAGAAAUCAUCACAUUCUGGUUAAUUCUCGUCCUCAUAUCAAUAUGCGCGUUAAUGAUACGUACGAAAUUAGCUGUAAAAGCUACUACUGUGACUAGAAAAACAUUUCAUAUACUGGCGUCACUUGUUUUCCUGUCUGGCAUACUGUUUGAUGUGAGGCUGAUGCUCUUUGCUGCGGGAAUCGUUCUUGCGUUGAUUAUAUUUGUAGAGGCUUUAAGAAAAAGUGAGAUUGAACCAAUUUCUUCAGCACUUCAAUCUGCUUUCCUGGUAUACAGUGAUGAAAAGGACUGCGGCAGCCUAGCCAUGACACCUCUAUAUCUAUACAUAGGGCUCGCCUGUCCACUUAUACUAGUGCCCUCCCACAGCCCUCACAAUACUUUAGAGUUACUCAGUGGAGUACUAUCUAUUGGUGUUGGGGAUACGGCAGCUAGCUGGUUUGGUUCGAGGUUCGGGUUUAAUAAGUGGCCUGAUAGCAGUAGAACAAUGGAAGGCACAGCUUUUAAUAUUUUAUCACAAAUAGGAACGGUUUAUACAUUAAUUUUAUUUGAUUUAUUACACACAAGAAAUGCCUUACUUCGCACAGUUAUAGUUGCAAGUAUAGGUGGAUUCGUGGAAGCGAAGACUGAACAAGUCGAUAACCUAGUCCUGCCUCUUGUUACUAUGGCCGCUUAUCAAAUUACGCGAUUUGUUUUAUAACAUUAAUAAGUAGGAAUAUUUAUAGGAAAUCUACCUAGGUCAUAAUGGAGAUUGGUGUAGACCAUUUGAGAUUUUUUUUUAUAAUUGAAGCUUUAAUGUGAAAUGUGAAUUAUAAUGAGUUAAUACGUAUAUGAUUAUAGAGGUGAAAAUAUCAUAAUUGCAUUUGAUUGAAAAGCAUUUACAGCUAUGUACCAAGUACCAACCAAGUACCAACAAAUCAUGGAUGUCAAAUUUGAAAUUGUAUGUUUAAUUAAUGUAUGUUUGACGUUAAUAAGAUAGGUAAUUCACAAAAUAAAGAUUAAAAAUGAUUAUAAUAUCCAUGACAAAGUAAUGUAGAUUGUAGAUAAUUUAAAAAGUUAAAAUAUAAUUAUUAACGAUGCACCUAUUAAAUACAAAUGUAUCAUAUUGUAAUAGCUAGGUGGCAUAAAAGUUUACGAAUUGCUAGUUAUGUAUUUAGAAUAAUCAAAUUAGUCAAAUACAUUCCUAUGUACCAAAGUGCUCAUACCUGUUUUUAAAAUAAAGAUAAUAUAUUUAUUCA